UGAUUUUCCGAUAAUUAUUCAUCGAAUAACUAAAUCAAUAAUUCAAAAAUAUUAUCAACAACAACUAUUUCAACUAAAAUUGUUUAAACGUGAUCAAAAAAUUUUCCUAUUAAUUCCAAUUUUGAUAUUUAUUUUAUCCAUAACACGAUCUUUGAUCGUAUUGAUCGUUAAUGAUGAUAGUUAUUGGCGUACAUGGUUAGUAUCAAUGUUUCAUUUAUUGAAUUUAAAUCGUCGACAACCUGAAAUGGUUGGCUUACAUAUUGUUAUCGAAAAUUUUUGCCUAUUAAUUUGGUUAUUAUUAUUAAACAAAAAUAUCUGUCUUUUUCGUAUAAUUCUUACAUAUUGUCAUCAGAUUUAUGAUCCUUGUUUGAAUAGUGAUGAAAAUUUUCAACGAUUAAAAUGUUUAUUUUAUAAUAAUAAUAAUAAUAAUCAAAAUGUUUAUUCAAAAUCCAAAUUAUUAAUGGAAAUUGAUUAUAAAUCAAUAAGAUUUUUGGCCAAACUAUUUAAAUGGCAUUAUCAUAGUCAUUGUUUUCUUGAAAUAAUAUCACCAACAAUGGUAUUAAUAUUAACAAUCAUAAUAAUUUUAUCAUUCGAUCCAUGUUUGAAUAAUUUUCAUCUAUUCAAUUAUUCAUAUUUAUUAUAUAAAUUACAUGUUGUAAUUUUCGCCAUAUUUUUAUCCAUUUGGAAUUAUUGGGGAUUAUUAUUCGCUUCGCAACCACAUCUUUAUCUAAUAUUCAUAUGUUUUAUAAUGGAAUUUAAACAUCGACAAAAUAAAAAAUCAUUUCAUCAUUCAUUUAUUCGAUCGAAUUCAAUCAAAUCAUUAUAUGAUCAUCGUAAACAACAAUCAAAUCUUUUCAAUGAAAUUGAUUUAAUCAAUAGAUAUUUUUGUUAUUAUAUUUCAUAUCUAUUUCUUAUUUAUACAUCUUUAUUUUGUCAAUUAUUAUAUGUAACAUGGAAAUCACCAAUAUUUUCAUCAAGUUGGUUAUUUUUUGGUGGCCUUUCAUUAUAUCCGGUAUUUGUUGUACUGUCACUUUGUUUGGUAAUCGCCCGGUUGUUUCAGAAAAUAUUUGAUCAUCAUAAAUAUUAUUAUUCAUUAAUGGGUCGAACAAAUUUACAAAUAAAUUAUCGAAAUAAAUUACGUUUAAUGACUACGGUAACAUUGAUUGAAAGUCGUACGGUUGGUUUUUCAUUCUUAGAUCAAACCUAUAUACAAUAUGGUACAUUAUUAACAAUUAUUUAUAUAACGGCAACAUUAUUCUUUCAAAUUAUUAAAGUAAUGCAGUUAUUGAAAAAUUGAAAUUGUCAAAACCGUAAAAAAUGAAGCAAAAAAAUUGAUUAAUCGAUUCUAAUCGUACACUUUAUUUCGCCUAAUUAAAGUAACUUGUGAUUC